UCAGAACAAAAUUCUAAUUUAGAAUCUGCCCUAGACCGUGAAAAAACUGCUGCAUUCAGUUCAGCAGCGGGCAUCAUCGAAGGCGCGUUAGUCCAACUCAGCUAACGGUCGCGCCUGCCCGCCUCCCGCCGUGCCCGCGCUGCGCGGACUACGAAAAAAAGUUUUGAAAGUUAACCGACUCAAUUAUGAGGAAAUAAUUAAAAACUUCGACAUUGUGUGCUGUGACGUUUUGUAAAUACCAAAAGUUCACAUAAUUCAAUGUUAUGUUAUUAGUUACUAAUUGUUUAGUGUGUGUUGUGAAGUUUAAUUGAAAUAUUUGAAUGGCUGCCAAAACUAGUAAAUGCAGCUGAGUGACUGUGCCAUUGCGUCUGCUGGUUCGAGCUGUUCGUACCUGAUGGGCGGAGCGCAGAAGUUAUCAGAAAAACUUUGAACUUGCAUUAUGGGAGAAAAAUGACCAGAUAACAAUUCCAAGAUGGUGUCGCGGGCUGAUUCGCGGCUUAGUAAAGUCAUUAUGAUUCUUGUAUGGAACCUGUGUGUUAGUUCGGAGAGCUUGAACAAGAACAAAAGCAACUUAACUAUAUUAAAUGAAUUCUUAGAUAGUAAUACAAGAAUAGACUUGAAUGAUUACCUUGAAAGAGACAUUAUUUACAGAACGCAAAGACACGACGAAAAGGUAACAAAUGAAAUUAAUAACACAGAAUAUUUGGAAGUAGAUACAGAUAGUUUAAGAAACGAAAUCUUCGAUAAAGAUAAAAUGGUUUCUAAUCGAAGCGACAUAGAAUUUGCAAGAAUCAUGGCCGAAGAUACCACAACGACGGAAGUUGACAACUAUUCAAUAACAGCUUGCCCCGGAGAUCAGGACUAUUGCAAUAUGACAAGAGAUGAGUACAUAGAAAUGUUACAGGAGUACAUAUUUCCGCGGCCAUUCGAAUGGGUGCUUAUAACAACGCAUGCAAUAGUGUUUGUGAUCGGCUUGAUUGGGAACGCUCUAGUGUGUAUCGCGGUGUACAGGAAUCAUUCGAUGAGAACUGUGACCAACUAUUUUAUCGUGAAUCUUGCGGUGGCUGAUUUCAUGGUGAUCUUGAUAUGUCUGCCUCCGACAGUAUUAUGGGACGUGACGGAAACCUGGUUCUUUGGCACUGCAAUGUGUCGAAUAGUGCUGUACUCUCAGUCAGUGUCGGUGACGGUGUCGGUGCUUACGCUGACGUUCAUCUCUGUGGACCGGUGGUACGCCAUCUGCUUCCCGCUCAAGUUCAAGUCCACCACCGGCCGCGCCAAGACCGCCAUACUCAUUAUCUGGCUCAUUUCUUUACUUUUCAACGUGCCAGAACUAGCAGUUUUGCAAGUAAAGAUGCUCUCUCGCCCCCUGAGAUUCGACAUGCAUAAGCAGUACUUCAUGCAGUGCUCAGCAAAGUGGUCAGAUGAAUCUGAACUUAAUUGGAGCAUAAUAAAGGCGGUAUUUCUUUACACGCUACCGCUAUUCCUGAUGAUGAUCGCAUACUGCCAAAUCGUGAGGGUGCUGUGGCGCUCUGACAACAUCCCGGGCCAUUCGGAGUCCCAUCAGCUAUGCACUACGCCCACAGGACAGAACAACUGGCUAGCAGCGAAGCGGCGCACAACGCCAUCUAUCCACGCUAACGCGUCAACCGAGGGGCAGCUGCGCUCGCGCCGCAAGGCCGCCAAGAUGCUCGUGGCCGUCGUCGUCAUGUUCGCCGUGUGCUACUUUCCCGUGCAUCUAAUUUCAGUCCUUAGAGUGGCAUUCAACGUGCAGCAGAGUGACGUCAUCACGUGCAUCGCGCUCAUAUCGCACGUCAUGUGCUACGCCAACUCGGCGGUCAACCCCCUCAUAUACAACUUCAUGAGUGGCAAAUUCCGUCGCGAAUUCCACCGGUCGUACUUCAAAUGCUUCUGCUGCUGCCACUCCCCGCUCUCUCCCGAUCGCAACGGCACGUCAUUCGCUCCCAUCGGCAGCUCCCGCGCCGGCACCACGCGCACCGUCGUGCGGCGCAACGAUUCUUGCGCCUCCUACCGCCUCACACAUCUCUCCCCUUCCAACCACAACAGCAUCAACAGGGACUUCCCCAGAAACACCAACACCUCCUUCAUAGAGCAGAUCAACGGCAACCGGAGACCUAAACUAAGAGAGGACUCAAUCAGCGAAUCGGCAACCAGGUUUACGUUAACUACCGACGCUUGCAGAGAUUGACGAUUGAGCAAAAAUCUAUUCUGCAAGGACCGAGAGGGAAUAGAGACGUAUAUUGCCCGGAGUACGAACAGCAUCGAUUGUAAACCUUAUUACGAUUGCUUUAAAGAUAAGAAACGUUACAUUAGCGAGGAGAGGCAUAGCGAUACAUACGCAGAUUACCGCGAGUGUGAUAACGAGUGGAAGGAACUGUUUAAUGUUAAAGAUGAAACAAAAAACGGGUUUACCUUUAAAUUUAACCGUAGUCUUAAUAGCUGUCAGAUUAAGAAUAAGAGGAAAAUCAACACGGUCUGUUAAAGUAAGUUUUCUAGUUAAGCUGAUAAAUCCUAGUGUCAAGAUCCCUUUAGCUUUUCUGAACAUAUAUUAAUUAUAACAACGUAAUGAUACUUUGGUUAUUUACAAUUCCAUUUAUUAUUGUCGAAUGUAGAAGUAAUAAUUUUAUCAAACCUCGUUUAAUUUGAAGAAUAUGUUAAAGUUAAAUUUAAGUAUUACGAGAAUGUAAACAAAUAAAACACAUAUUUUCUCAAAAUAUAAGUUUUGUGGGGACUUAAACAAAACCUUUCACAAGUUUUUAUAUUAACUCGCAAAGCUAAGGCCGCAGACAGCUACGGCGCAAGAAAUACGAAUUAAUGUGUUUUUAAAUAACUUAACAUAACAUUCAAUUGCUAUAACACGUAUUGAUCCUGAUGCUAAGAUUUUAAGGUGUACUCUUUUAUAUACUAUGUGUAAAUGAGAUAAUUAUAAGCAUCAUGGAUAUAUUUAAUUAAGUAUAAUUUAUUACUGUGUUGGAACAAAAAAAUAAAAUCGUUGUCAACAAAGUUUGUCAAUUUUAAAUUUACCUAUAUAAUAUAUUUUCUAAUGUUUAAUUCAAAUCUGUUCAGAAUUCAAGAUAGAUUUAAAAAGUCAUCCAAUAUAAUUUAGGUAUUCUAUUAAUUAUUACAUUCUCAGUAAAUGCUUGAAUGCGUAAUAUGCAGCAGCUUACAUGAUCAAACUCUGAUCUUCGUCAUGAUUACAAUAAAAUUUUAGACUUACUAAAUUUACAUUGAAUCCACUCGUGCCAGAGGCUAUGCCAAACAAAAUUUUCAAGCUCACUUAACAUCAUUUGAUAUUGUCGCUGUCACAUCAUUGAUCAUUGACAUAAUUAGCCUAUUAUUGAAUGAGAAAUGGGAUGUUGUUCUGUUAUAAAUAACAAUAACAACACUACCCACUCACCCACCCACCACUACCCAGAGCUACCCACCCACUAGGCCAGAGCGGUCGUCGAAUGCCGAAAUGCCAUAAAAGUUCUUUUAGACUAUCCGGGCAUGCACUUAUAAAUGCGAAUGUACCUAUUUCAAUGUUAAGAUCUAAGACUCUAAGAUAAGGUUUUUUAUUAAUAUAUAAUUAUUAAUAAUGUAUCUAAAGAUAUAUUUUUAUUAAAUAUUUUUUUGAUUAAUUAUUAUUAUUUAUGAUUUCAAAUAACAAAUUGCAACUUACAGCGGCAGGGUCGAGAAGCGGCAGGCAGUAUGACAGAUUUAAGAUUUUUACUAACUGUUUUAACAAUAAAAAUUUGAUUCAUAUGAAAGUUUCUUUUUUUCCUAGCAAGUGUGUUGAAAAAUUUCGUAUGAAACGCGUGUGCAUUGGUCAUUACACACAUCGGCGUUCUUAUCGCCUUGUGUGUAAUAGCCAACGUAGCACACAUUUAUCACAAUGUAAUAUUGUACGCGUCAAAUCUUGCGAGUUAAAUUUAACCCACUUCCCGACUUCCAAUGAAGCUGAAAAUUUGCAUACAUUUGUGGUGACAAUGCAAUAUUAUGGUACCAUCGAGCCGAUCUGAUGAUGAAGACAGGAUGUGGCCAUAGGAACUCUGUGAUAAAACAACGCAACCUAAUUGUGUUUGGGGUUUUUAGAAUUAUCACAAUAAGUAAUCUGUGCCUGUCGAAAGAAAAGCACAGUCAGCGAUAAAAGCUUGUAUCAAAAAUAUAUUUUUUUGCCAAAAACUUAUUAUUUUUGUACAGGUACAGCAUUUUCCUUUCUGAAAACCCUAUAAAAAUUUUGCCUAUGUCACUUAUGCCCCAAAAAUGAAUCGAGCAACACCUUAUACUUCACAUUUUAACAUACUGAAAGAAAUAAUUUAGUGAAGCAUCUGUUUAUUUGGUCUAUACGUAUGUUGGAAGCUGUUUACAUAACUCCACUGUACUCCGGUAAACUACUUCCGAAGCUAUUACAGGACUGUUCAUUAGCCUCGAAUCUUUUAUCUCGAUUAUAUAAUAUUCUGGUAGUUUUUUAUGAAGUAAUAGCAAUGUUUUCUUUGGCCAUAUCUGUAAACGGAGCGUCCUCCGUCUAAGUUUAGGGAGGCGAACUGUGUUCGUUGCUACUUUUUCCUUGCAGACCAUCAUUAAACAUAAGCCUAUAUCAUUCUUGCGCCCAAGACAAUCUAACGAAAUAUUACACAUAGAGUAACAAUGCAAUUCUUAUAUUUAACUGCUGCUUGCUGUUAGAUCAGAGACAUCCUCAUUUUUUUUUCAUACUCAUUCUAUGUAAGUACUCGGCCGCUGGACUUGGUCACUUUUUAUUUAGUGUAUGAUAUAUAUUUCAGUUUAUAGAAUAGUUAAUGUACAGUUGAAGAUUUACGAGUAUUUGACAGUUUUGUAAACAUGAGCCCUUAUACUUUUUCUACCUGAAACACAGAAAAUCGAAAUUUUGUUAUCCGCCGAAGUUAAAAGUUUCAAUGUGUGCGGCAGGCAUUCAAGUCAGGAGGACACAUUUGGGGUCUGCGUAUAUCUUUAUACAUUAGUUAAUGUUAUGCUAUGAUUUGAUACCUAUGAGUAAUUCUACGAUCGCAAUUCAUCUGAAUGUUGUAUUUUUGUCAUAUUUUAGUAGCAUAAGUUGAAACGACGUUAAUAUAUCAAACAUUGUAAAUAUUACUACAAUUAACUGUUAAAUAUUUAAAAAUUAUAACCUAGUCAUAAAAAUUAAGAGUUGUACUAUUUUCCUGUUGAGUCAAACACUUCUCUAAAAUGUUGAUGCUAAUUUUGGAGUCAAUAAUAGCGCUCACCUAAAGAUUGAUGCUUGUAAUUUUUCUUAGUUUCGCGUUUGGAAAAAAAAUAAUUUAUUUUUAUAUCACCGUUGAACCUUAGUUUCAUGCUUUAAAUUUUAUUAGUAUAAAUUGCUGAAUUAAAGUACUUCAUAAAAGGUAAAAAUGUGAACAACUGCCAUCUUUGUACAAUGUGUCUGUUGCAAACUAGUCAGUAAUACAUCCAAAUCACUAAAAUUCCUAUCGUAUUUAACGGUUAUCUGUACUGCUGUAGGUACUGUUAACUUUUAAAUGAGUUUAGAAAAAUGUACUUAGAUUUUUCCAUUCUCUCUGUAAUAUAAAAUAAAAAUAUUUUCUACUUAAUGUUAAGAAUUAAUAAGUUUCAAGAUCUUUAUUUAGUACGAUUUCUCCAAGUUAUAAUUGCACUUUUAUAUCCAUUAAACUUUUUUUAAAUUACCGUGUUCUAAUUGUAAACUGGUUAUAAAUAUUUUUUUGUAUAAAACAUAAUUGUGUUAUAUUAAAUAUAUGUGGAAGUAAUAUUAAG